GCGUCGACGUGGCCGCGCAGUCACCGAGCCACACGAGAGUCGUCGCUCGCGCAAUAGCAAAAACCAAAAACAAAACAACAACAACAAACAAAAAAAAAAAAAAAAACAAAACAAAAAUAAUUUAUAUUUUCGGCAACGGUCAACGCCGACGGCAGUUUACAGUUGCCUGCUUUAUAUACUUAAGCUCUUAAUGUUAUCCACAAAAAAGUGCAAUAAUUAAAAACAGAAAAGAGCGUAGUUAAACAAAAUGUGAGACGUGAUGAUCAAGCAAAGAAAAAUGCAAAAUCGUGGCAAAAACGAAACCCAAAAAGCCACCGCAGCUGCUGAGAUCCUGCAGCAGUAGCAGUUGCAGGAGCCGCAGCCGCAGCAGGACUGCAGCUUAAUAAAAAAAACCAAUUACAAAUCAAAAGGCGAACUUGCAACACGCGUUGCAACGCGGCUCAGUCGAGCAGAAAGUGUGUGUUACAAAAAUAAAAAAAGGAAAAGAAAAAAUCAUUCACAACGGCGACCAUCACGAACUCCGCCCUUGCAAUGAGCCAACUGGGCACCGUCUACGCCACCAAGCGAAGGCGACGCAACGGGAAAAGCCUGAAGCCGCCGCCCAAGGAUGGCGUCACUAAGAGCAAUCCAUCAAAGCGGCAUCGGGAGCGCCUCAAUGCCGAACUGGAUCUGCUUGCCUCGCUGCUGCCCUUCGAGCAGAACAUACUUAGCAAACUGGAUCGACUGAGCAUACUAAGGCUGUCCGUUAGUUAUUUAAGAACCAAAAGUUAUUUUCAAGUUGUUAUGCAUAAGGAUAAGGAGGAGAACGGUGUCCUGCCGCACAUACACGCACAUGAUGGCUACAGGACGCGCGAGUUGGGCGCCUUCGAACAUGGCCUGCUGGAUGGUGAUAUGUUCCUGCAGGCUCUAAAUGGAUUUCUAAUGAUACUGACAUGCGAAGGCGAGGUCUUCUUCGCCACGCACAGCAUCGAGAGCUAUUUGGGUUUUCAUCAGUCGGACAUUGUACAUCAGUCGGUUUACGAGCUGGUCCACUCGGAGGAUCGCGAGGAGCUGCAGCGCCAGCUGCUGUGGAACAGCUUUUUGCCCGCGGACAUGUCCAGCAUGCAGCUGUCGGAGACCUUGGCGCCCGAUAAGGCACUCUAUUUGGAGCGCAGCUUUACGGUGCGCUUCCGCUGCCUGUUGGACAACACAUCCGGCUUCCUGCGCUUGGACAUACGCGGCCGCAUUAAAAUUCUGCACGGCCAGAAUCGCAAGACGGAAGAACCGCCUUUGGCGCUGUUCGCCUACUGCACGCCAUUUGGACCGCCCAGUUUGCUGGAGAUUCCGCACAAGGAGAACAUGUUCAAGUCCAAGCACAAACUGGACUUUUCUCUAGUCUCCAUGGAUCAGCGGGGAAAACACAUACUGGGCUAUGCGGAUGCCGAGCUGGUCAACAUGGGUGGCUACGAUCUCGUCCACUACGAUGACUUGGCCUACGUGGCGAGCGCCCACCAGGAGCUGUUAAAGACGGGCGCUUCAGGCAUGAUCGCCUAUCGCUAUCAGAAGAAGGACGGCGAGUGGCAGUGGCUGCAGACCAGCUCCCGGCUGGUUUAUAAGAAUUCGAAGCCGGACUUUGUCAUAUGCACGCAUCGCCAGCUAAUGGAUGAGGAGGGACAUGAUUUGCUAGGCAAGCGCACUAUGGAUUUUAAGGUCAGCUAUUUGGACACCGGCCUGGCCUCCACAUAUUUCUCUGAAGCCGAUCAGCUGGUGGUGCCGCCGACCAGCGCCAGUGUCUCGCCCACAGCGCACGCGCUGCCGCCGCCGGUAACGCCCACGAGACCCAAUCGGCGUUAUAAAACGCAGUUGCGCGACUUUUUGUCCACGUGCCGCAGCAAGCGCAAGCUGCAGCAGCAGCAGCAGCAGCAGCAACAACAGUUGCAGGCACAGCAAUCCUCGCCGCUGGCUCAGGUCGGGUCGCCGGCGCCGGCGGUCGUCGAAUACCUGCCCGACCCGGCGGCUGCCGUGGCCGCCGCAUACUCCAAUCUGAAUCCCAUGUACACUACAUCGCCGUAUGCCACCGCUGCGGACAAUCUGUACAUGGGCAGCUCCAUGCCGGCCAAUGCUUUCUAUCCGGUCAGCGAGAAUCUCUUCCAUCAGUACCGGCUGCAGGGCGCAGUUGGCGUCGGCGGCUACUAUACAGAUUACCCGCACACUGGUGGACCCGCCUCGGCGUAUGUAGCCAAUGGAUUUCUUUCGUAUGAUGGCUAUGCCAUUGCCUCCAAGGCGCAAGACGACAAGUGGCAGGAGACGGGCAAAUACUACAGUGGCUACAGCAGCGGCUACGGCAGUCCUACGUCUACGCCACAGCAGAUACCCCUUAAGACGCCAAAAUCCUCGCCACAGGUCAUGGAGGUCAUAUCGUGCUCCUCCGAUGGCCCCUCGCCUGUUGCCGUUGCCGGUGCCGGAGUCGGUGCCGGAGUCGGUGCCACGCCUAAUGGCAGCAACGUUACGCCCAAAGUGGAACUGGCUGCGGCUACGGCAGCCGCCGCCGGCCAGGAUCCCUAUGAGCGUCAGACGGUGCUCAUGUGGGGCACAACACAGUCAAGCGGUGUGCCUCUAAACAGUCGCAUUACAGCCCGCGCUGGCGGCUCACCCCAACGCACCACGCCCCUCACCAAUGGGCUGAGCUAUGCGCACAACAACAACAACAAUGAGCACGAGCCCGCCGCGGCAGCAAAGUGGAAUGGUAACAAGGAGUUGACAGGGAAGUCAACCAGCGCCGGCACCCCCGAGAGCUAUCAGCUGCAGCAUGACGACUCUGGCCUCUACUCGGCCUCUUCGCACACUACUUCGCCCCAGCAACAACAACAGCAGCAGCAACAACAGCCACAUUCCUCUCGUGGCCUCGGUUCUAAUAUCCUAAUCAACACCCAACUGCAGCAGCAGCAACAACAACAUCUGCAGCAGCAACAGCAACAACAGCUCGUUGGCUACACGCUGCACCACCAUCCGCUGGACUCACCGCCCCAUUGCCGCACACCGCCCACGCUGCCCGCUGUGAGCAGCCUGCUGAGUGGAGCUACUUCAACAGAUUCCUCGCCCUAUCAGCAGCUGGCAAUUGUCUCCUCAGCAGCGGCAACAGCAUCAGCGCCGCCGCCGCCGCCGCUCAUCAUUUGCGCGGAUGAAUCGCUGCAGGCGCUCAACAGCAGCAGCAACGGCAGCAGCGAGGCGCACAUCAGCUCCACCUCGAGCAGCGCGGCACGUGGCGCACGCAAAUCAGCUAAGGUGCAACAGCAGCAACAUCAGCAGCAACAGCAACAGCAGCAACAUCAGCCAAAUUACCAACAACAUCACGCACAGCAUCUGCUCUAUCCGGCCAACAUAACGGCGCACACGGCUCUCGCCUAUGCCCCGCCGCCGUCUGGUGCCUAUAUCGAUGGCAGUCCGCUGCUCUCCUUCUCGGAGGUGACCAACACGCUGCUGAAUCAGUAGGCAACAGUAGAGCACACACACACACACACACACACACAGAAACACACACAGAAACCAUGUUAAACAGUUUUGCCAAAAUGUGGACUAUGACUAUCGUAUCUUCCAUAAUCUCAACACAAACACCCAAAAACACAAACAAUAAGAGCACACCAGAAGAACAGAAAUGCAUCAGAGCAGUUCAUAGGUAUAAAUUUAAUAGCUUCAAUGAAAGAGCCGUGCUUGAAUGUAUUCGAAAUAAAUAAGUUAACGUUACGAGCAGACACUCGUUGCUUUUUAAAAGCAGCCUGCGGCCACUCGUUGCUUUGUUAGCUAAGAAUCUGUAAGUUCAAGAAUGAGCUACUCGCUAAGAUCUAAAUGGGACGAGCCAGCCACUACUAUGGAUGGAAACUCGUUGCUUUUCGAAGGCAACGAGAAAUCGUACUGAUGGCCAUCAUUUAAUUAAUGCAAAGAGUUUUGUGUUCGCUGCUUAUUUGAUGAAAAAGUCUCAUUUAAUUUAAUAAGCUCCUUGACUGGGCGAGAUUUGUGAUUAAGCAAGAGACUCGUCUCAAGCAUAGCGAAUUCAGGAUAUACCUGUCCAUCCAUCAAACAACAUCGAGGGGCGACUGGUGAAACAGAUUUUAUGGUCCUUAAUAAACGAUAUUUAUCGGUCCCUAAGCUCUUUCCAGACCCAUUCCAACUUUAUAGGUGUCCCCAAGAACUACAUUUAUCUACCUCCACUUUAGUCUAACUUUCUACAUAAUCAUGCAUUGUCCUUUUGUAUACAGACCAUUAAACAUGGCUUAGAAGCACAUUAUGAAAAGAAUACAUUUAUAGCAAGGCUCUACGUCGAAAAUAAUCUCAAUAUAAUAGUAUUAUUUAAAAGCAAAUGUUUUAAACCAAUUCAGUGAGGCGUCUGUUAAGUUAAUCCUGAGCAACACAACAAUAUUUACGAAAAACAUAUUUCUAUUUAUUUUACUGUGAUAAUUUAUAUUAACAUUUGUACACUUAUUUAACACUAGGCAGGCAAUUUGAACCGUAUCCGUAAUACCCGUUAUUUCCGUUUAUUGCAAAAUCGAACGAAAUUAUGGCAAAAAAAGAAUAUCAUCAAAUCCUGCCCAAAGUACAUAAACUAAUAUUAUUCAGCUUCAGUUGUAGUUACAACCAAAGAUUUUUAUUUCUAAUAUAAAAAUACAAAUAUCGACUAAUUGUAGCAUAUGAACCAAACCUAAUUCUUGGUUUCGGAUAAUUGCGCCAAAUUUUUAGUUACAUUUUUCAGGCACUUGUAAGACGGCAUUGAAUAGAAGAAGCAGAAGAUGAUGAAAAACCACAUAAAAAGAAUUGCAAUUAAUUGCUUAGGUAGUCGUAAGAUUAAACAUAAUUAAAUACAUACAUAUAUCGAAAUGCUUGUAUGAAUAAUAAUAAUUAAUUUAACUUUAAAUUCAAAUAGUUGUAAAAAAAAAACGAAUGCAAGUAAAUGUAAUUUUCAUGAUUCCUAUCGUUUAGCAUGUAAUCCAAGAGCGUGUUUGUAUAGUUAAAAGAUUUCUUGAAUUUCUAGUCGCCCGCAUAAAACAUUUACUAUACAUACGUACAUAAUAUAUAAAUAAAACAAUUAUUCAAAAUACUUAAAUUGUACAUUUCAAUUUGAUGGCCGUGAGUUAAGGCAACAAUAAUAUUUGCUAAUCGAAAUUUUAUUCCAAAACUAAUAUUAUCAAAUGCAGUUGUAAUAUAAUUUUAACUCGCGCCCAAGCUGUCAAUGUAAUUUACGAGUUUAAUUCAAUAAAUAUUAAACAAUUAACUUAAAAAAAAAAACAAAUAACUAUUGGAAAUCCAAGUUCAUGUACUCGUAAAGCGCAUAUCCAAACAAUCAGAGCGAAAUAAAACUAGAAAAUAUUCAAUCGAAAAUAACUAAA